AUGUCUUCGACAGCCAGCGUCUACAAUGUGUCAUCUGAUCUGUCUCUUCAGGGCUUCGAUUUGUCUCCUGAGAACGCCAUUAUUGCAUUUGUCUUUGCCAUUGUGAAUUAUAUAAUCAUACUGUUGUGCAACUCCUUCCUCCUGUUCACCAUCAUAACCAAUAAGGCCCUUCAUGAACCCAUGCACAUUCUUCUGUUAAAUUUGCCCAUUAAUGACCUCAUAGGUUCCACAUGUUUAUUCCCUCAUGUCAUGCGGGAGCUUCUGUUUGACACCAGGACUAUGUCGCUCUCCGUCUGCAUUACUCAGGCUUUCUUUAUACAUGUAUAUGCAGUAUCUGCUGUCUUUAUCUUGACUGCCAUGGCAUAUGAUAGAUAUGUUGCCAUAUGCCAGCCAAUGAGAUACAGUACAAUUAUGACCAAUAUCCACCUCGCCAAGAUCAUCUCUUUGGUUUGGCUCUCUAAUUUGACACUAAUGGCUGUGCUUUUCAUUCUUCUCCUCCGCCUGCCUCGCUGUAGGUCUUUCCUCAACCAUCCAUACUGCGACAAUCCCUCUUUGCUUCAGCUAGUUUGCGCAGAUACGACUAUUAAUAAUAUUUACGGACUGUUAAUGACAGCUGUGUGUCAAGUGUUUACAGUGGGUUUAAUCCUGUACUCAUAUCUGCGUAUUCUUAUAGCAUGUUUCCGUAACAAACGCUCCGACACGAGGAGCAAAGCUCUGCAGACGUGUGGCACACAUCUGGUUGUUUUUGCCUUGUUCGAAUGUUUGGGUCUUUUCACAAUAAUCUCAUAUAGGAUCAAAGAUAUUUCUGUUCACCUGAGGAAAUUCAUUGCAGUCGCUGCUAUGAUACUGCCGCCGACGAUGAAUCCUGUUAUAUAUGGACUGAGGACCAAAGAAAUUAGAGUUAAAGGGAUUAAAUUUUUCCACAGAAAAGUUUUUGUGUCAUGA